AUGAACACCUUUCCUUCAAUGAUUCCUCCACCUCCACCUCCUCCUCCUCAGCAACAACCGCCACCUGAGCAAGUUGUCACCCCAUCAUCAUUUAGACUAGAUACACAGCCACAAGCUCCGAAAAUAAUUCCUGAAGCCAGUGUCAGUCAGGACUUAGAAGACUAUUGUGAACUCUGUCAGAAGCACUUCUGUAACAAAUACUACCUCAAAAAACACAAACAAGAUGUUCAUGGUAUUGCACCAGAGAACUCAAAUAGUUUCAGACGUGUACGUCCAAUUGACAUCCCUACUUCAUCCGUUGCUGUUACCUCAUCACCUAUUAUUGUACCUCAGUCCAUGGCCAGCAUGCCUAAUAUGGCUGGUGUUAUGGUGUUGAAUCCUUUUGUACCUCCUGUAGCGAUAAUUCCUGCACAGCCUUUGCUGCAUCAGCAGCAACUCCAGCCCCACUCAAGCUCUGUUCUGUCCCAACCCAUUGCCGCCCCACUCCCAUCACAUAUGGAAGCUGGACCGCCACAACAAACACCAUCUCCACAACAGAAGCAACAACAAAUGCAAAGUCAGCAGCAGAUGCAGAACCAUCAACAACAAAUGCAGAACCACCAACAACAGUUGCAAUCACAACAGCAACAGCUGCAGAAUCAUCAGCUGCAGCAACAGAUACAAAACCAUCAACAGCAAUUGCAGAAUCAUGUGCAGCAACUGCAAAACCAGCAGCAACAAUUACAAAAUCAACAGCAACAACAACAACAGCAACAACAACAACAGCAACAACAACAACAACAGCCAUCUCAAUCCUCACAAUCUCAGCCUCCACAGCCACCACCACCCCCACCACCAUCAAAUUCCGCCCCGUCUGCACCACCCAUUGCUAGUGAUGCACUGCGCAGUAUGGGGGUCCUGAAUGCAGAAGCAUAUUGCGAAAUUUGUCGCAAGGAGUUCUGUAACAAAUACUUUCUCAAGAUCCACAAGGCUAACAUGCACAAUAUGUACUCAGAUGAAACCACUAUCAGGCAGCUGCAACAACAACACCAACAACACCAGCAACAACAGCAACAACAACAACAACAACAGCAGCAGCAACAACAGCAGCAGCAACAACUACAACAACUACAGCAACAGCAGCAACCACCGCCCCCUCUGCCGUUGCCACCACCACAGGUACCUCAAACACAAGCACAGCCACAACCUCAGUCCCAAAUUUCGUCCAGAUCGGCUGCCGAUUCUGAGCAUCCAGAUGUAAAGAAAGAGCCAGGACAAACAAAAGAGUCACCAUUGCUCUCAAAAGACCAAGGGAAAGAAGAUGGUCUCCCUGUGCGUGUCUCGCAAGAUCAAGGAAUGCCACUUGUCAUGAAAUCAAAAGAAAUGGGAAUUAAAGAAGUUGAACAGCUUAAAGAUCAACUCCUUUCUAAGGAGGCUGCCAAUCUGGUGAAAGAGCAUGCGGGCCUGAAGGACCCCAACAUUCUCAAGAACUUAGCACUGUUGAAGGGAUCUGGAAUGAAUGAUAUCUCACAGAAUCUCUUGACAAGUGCUGGUAUUAACCUGAGUCAGUCUGGUAUGACCAGUCCUGUAGUGGGCAUGUCUCAGAACAUUCUUUCCAAUUCCAACAGUGAGUGCUAUGUUACAUAUUGCAAUAUCUGCAAUCGAGAAUUUUCUAGUAAAUACAGCUAUCGCAUUCAUCGUAUGAAUGUUCAUGGUGUCUUUCAUGACCCACAUGUGAAGAGCCACCAGUUAGAUGGGCAGCUCCAGAGUGACAUGGCUGCUCAUGUUAAAGCCAUGUCUGGUUAUGGUGGCACAGAUAUUAGGAAUGGAAAUGGUGGUAGCGAUGGUAAUGGCAUGCCCACACUCUUUGGGAACAUGAUUGCUGCCAAACUGGCUGAUCGGGUCACCUGUGACAUUUGCAGCAAAGAGUUGUGUAACAAAUACUUCCUUAAGAAUCACAAACUCAAAGUACAUGGAAUUGACAUCAUGUCUGCUGAGAAAGAGAACAAGCAAAGUGAGGGUAAGUCAUCCUCACCAAAAUUAAAUUUGUACAAGGAACAGCAGAAAGAGUAUGUGCGUGACAUCAUUCGAGACCAAGCAAAAGAGCUAGCAUUGCUAGAGAUGCAAAAGAUUGACAUGAAUGGGAAGGAGUUCUUAAGUCCAAUGGUUAACAUUGAAAAACCUGAUCAUCAUGAAUUGGUUAAAAUGGGAAUUGACCCAGAAGCUUAUUGUGAAAUUUGCAAAAAAGAACUCUGCAGCAAAUACUUCCUCCGAACUCAUAAACUAAAUAUUCAUGGCAUUAAAUCUGACAAAGUGGAUUCAAAACCUGAUAAGCAGAUUUCGCAGCCGAACAAGAAGUUGAUGAAUAGUCUGGCCAUGAGCAUGAGCAUGAACAUGAACAUGAAUAUGAAUAUGAACAUGAAUAUGGACGGUUUCCAGCCAAAUGAUAGCUUUGAGAAACACACCUGGAGGUGGAAAGAGCCUGUGAACUCCUCCCGGGUGAUCUGUGACAUCUGUAACAAGGAGCUCUGCAACAAGUACUUUCUGCGAACUCACAAACUGAACAAGCAUGGGAUAUUGCCGACAGAUGAGCAAAAGCUCACACCAAGUCAGUCUGUGCGCUCUUCACCAGUUGACAGUGGUAGCAUUGGUAAUAUAUCACCUGGUAGCCAGACUGAGAAGCUAUCAGAUAGCUUCUCACUCUUGCCAAACAGUUUGUCUGACUCUAACCUCACAAACACAGAACCAAAACUCUCUUCUCAGAACACUGAUGAAGUAAAGAUCAAGACAGAACAACCGGAUGACAGCUCUCCAGUUAACAACCGGUACUACAACCAUUUCACUGAAGUCUGUAAACUCUGUGACAGACGGUUCAAGAAUGAAAAGUGGCUGCAUGCUCAUGUCUUAAAAGACCAUGGAGUGUCUCUGCCCUCUGACAAGAAGUACAUCCCAUUGGAAGCCCAAAUGUGCCAGUUUUGCUUCAAAGUAUUCCCCAACAGUAUAAGCCUUCAGAUGCAUGUGUUGAAUGACCACAAAGCAGAGGUUAGUGUGAAGCCAGAUUUCUCACCUCCUAAUCACUUUGGGGGCAUGCUUAACAACAGCUUCAGCUGGGGAAGCAGCUUGAGAAGGAAGUACUCACGGGGUGGUAAACCAAAGCUCUACAGUUGCGUUCACUGUGAUUACAAAACGAGAUGGCUUUCCAACAUCUAUUCACAUGAAGAACGCAAGCACAGCAUUCACAAGGGCAAUCUUGGGAGGUUCACUUGCAAAACCUGCCUUAAAUCAUUCCUCUAUGAACAUUCUCUCAUCCGCCAUAUCACAGAAUAUCAUGGAAAUGAUAUGAAAGAAUCUAAACUUCGACCAAAAGGCAAUCAUGUGAAAAAAUUCAAGUGCGCUAAGUGUGGUGAAAAGUAUCUGUCAAAGAAAGCUUGCCAGAUGCACAUACGUGAGGUCCAUGUGAAGAAGCCUAAGCUACCGUCAGACACAGAAGCUACGGAGGACAAGGGGUUCUACUCAUGCAGACAUUGUGAUUUCACGUGCAGCUUUGCUAAGCAGUUACAGAAACACAUGGCUCAUAACCAUGGUCCAAAAAUGUCACCGCCUUCAAGAAGAAUGGAAAGUGAAAUUGAUGAUUUGGAAGAUUCCAGCUUGCUGCCUCAUAGUGUAAGUGCUUUCUCAAAUGAAAUCCAACUGUCUUCACCUAAAGCUUUAGCUGAAGCAGGUGGUAAUAACAACGGCAACAAUACCGCUACAACCACCACUACAACCACCACUAAUAUUAUAUCUAGUACAAGUAAUAGCAACAAUUCCAGUAACAUUAGUACUGAUACUAUCAACAAUGGCUUUGGCAGUAGAAUUAGUGAUACCAAUUCUCAAAGUCCUUUCAUUAUGCAAGCAUUUCGCCUGGAAGAUAGUUUGGUGGAAACAAAUUUUAUUCCUUCAGUGGUGCACAUGCCAGUACGUCAGCGUGUGAUGGAACCUGUCACUGUCACACUAACUUUGGUACCCGCUGAACCUUAG